AUGAUUGCUCUCGACUUAGCAUCUAUUGAGAAGACUCCUGUUUUGUAUCGACACCUAGAGCUGGCAUUAAAGUCGAAUAACAAAUUCGUGAAAGAUGUGAAUAGUUCGGGCUCUAUGGAGAUUUGUUCGCUCAGGCUUGUCGAAAACCGUACCAUGCAAUACUCUAUUGGUGCCUGCGGCCUAUUAUCUAAAGAAGUCGAUCAUUCUAGUAUGGGGCUUAGAGAUGGAGAAGGAAGAAGCGAGAAAGGUUGGUACAACAAGGAAGUACUUCAGACCUACGACAGUGAGCGUCGAGCAGCACCACGACACUUGUUACAGACUGACAAGGUACUCCCCACCGUCAUAUGCGGCCAGAUACCUAAGGAAUACAAAACAGCUUCUACGCACUGCAGGAAGCUCUUCAGCGAGUCGAGGGCACCAGAUGUACUCGUCUACCAACCAGGUUCCCAUAUCCCCAAUCGGCUGUCCCAAUUGAGGUACGAUAUGGAUUCAUGGCCAAUCCUUCUCUUUACGGGCCAACACAAGGUUACAGAAGCAAAACUCCCUGCGAUAACUAAUAAAUUGGACAAUAUGGCAAAGAACUUCCCGUCUUAUAUGAUUGGAUCCAUUACUAUUGUCGCCGGCAGCAUGGAGGAUAAUCAACGCUGCAAUCUUGCGACUGUUGGAUAUACGUAUUAUGAUCCGGGUGGGUGGGCGCAUUUGACUUAUAGGAUUUCGCCAAAGACUGGAGCCCUGGUGGUGCUUCGACCUGAUUUCUUGAUUGGAUACGCGACUACUCCAGACGAUGCUGGUAGUGUGCGUGCGUUUCUGGCCAAUCCCAUUCUGGCUCCAAACUGA